AGGUCGAGGCGUAACUUCGACUGAUUGAAACCGCUUAGGUGCGUGUUGAAAGAUAUAUUACACAUAUUUUGUUUUGUUUCCUCUUUCUCAAGGGAAUGCUUUGCUGGUCGGUGCGACGCCUUGCCGCGGGCCCCUUUGCACUCAGUCGGCCGCUACUCAGCGAUGAGGAUCGAUACACGCAGUUCUCCGACAUUCUCGCGAAGGCGCGCACGUCGUCCCCGCCGCAGAGCUCCACGCCGGAGUUCUUCAACGGUCGCUUCCAACCGGGAAGCGGCUUCAUGGAGCCGCACGGCAUCGCAGCGAUGCAAAGCACCCUACGUGCGAACAUGACGCCGGAGAUGCGGGACAGCAUGGCAUCGAUGCUGCAGUCGGCCCUGCAGAGCGGCGACGGCAUGCCGGGGGGAUCGAUGGGCAUGAUGGCCUUCGGCGUCGGCGAGAACGAGAAAGGUAAGAAGGUGGCACGAGCCGCAAAGCUGUCGUACGACUUGAAGACAGGAAAAGUGAACAAAGAUUUUAUGGAGGAGCAGCUGGAGCCGGAUGACGUGAGUCUGCCGAAGGAGACGGUGGAGAGCUACGACACGGAGGGGGCAACGGAGGUUGAGUUUGUUGAGAGUGAGAAGAAGGAGGAGAGCGCGAGGCCCGCCGCAGCACCCAUUGCGGAAGCCGAGAUUGAAGUGGAGAUUGUCGAUAAAAAACGCCCUUGA